CCUUUUUCAGUUCAGUCGCCUUUGGGCUCUCGUCGAACGAGGACCGUGUUUCAUCCGGUUUCCUCUGCAACAACAACAACAUCCCCCAUGUAGAGCCAAGAAAGCGAAACAACACACAAAAAAAGGAAAACGAACAAAUUUUUCUUGUUCUGAUUUUUCUCUCCUCCACCGAAUCCAAAAGUUGAAAAAGUAAAAUUAUCGUUGCGUGCGGGGUGGGACGAAAAAGACAUGGCCGAGGUGUUGUUGGAAACAACCCAGACAACAGUUUCCGAGUGUGUUGCAGCGUGUUGAUUUGUUAUCCACACACGAGAGAGAGAAGAAGAAGAAGAAGAAGUUUUGGUCGGGUGUGAAAAAGGUUGUCGGGAGUGUUGUGUGUGUGUGUGUGUGUGCGCGUUGCGUGGAAUUUCUUCUGGUUGUUGUUGUUGUUGUUGGCUGGAAGGGUCGACCCCUGUGGGAAAAGCGUUAGAGAGAGAGAGAGAGAGACUGGUGGCCGCCACCGUUGUACAAGUUUUAUUCGGUCGUCGCGCAGGUGUGUGCGUGACUUGACAAGUGAACGACUUUCCUUUUGUUUUCUUUUUCUCUUUCUCCCCCUCCACUGAAAAAAAAACAUGGUGCUCAACCUGUUUAAAACGCUGGCCAGCAAGAACGAAGCCGCCCAUCACCGCACCCAAAAUCACCACCAGUCCAGGGGAAAUCAGGAGAUGCUACACGCUCCAUCGGCCGGAUACCAAAGAUUCGUCGGGACAACUGGGACAUCCUCAUCCACCAGCGGUGGAAGCGGCGGAGCUUCUUCUUCGUCGUCUGCCAGGAUUUCCCGCAUGGCUCGAUCGCUGCCCCAACACGUUCCGGAAGUCUUGACUCGCCCCGAUUCUUCUUCUUCCGGCGUCGUCGGCAGCAGCCACUCGAGCCGACCGGCCAGUCACAGUUUCGGUAGUGGCGUCGGUGGAGGGUUGAACCCUCGACUUGCCACGGGCCAUCACCUCCUCACGGGCGGAGGGGGUUCCCUUUCGGCGCCGAGUUCUCCGUCACAGCUGAGUAAAUCGUCGUCGAUUCCGUUGAAGAUGCGCCAGGGCGUCGUCUCGGCUCGCCACGGCGCCCCUCCGCCCAACAUCAUCGUCGAGAAGGGACGCAUUGAAUUUGUUAAAACGGCCACCAGUCCCAGUGCUCCUCCUCCACUGGUGCCAGUGGCGGCGGAUGCUCCGAUCCCGACGCUAACGACAGAGAAACACAAAUUGCAAAUGGGCACUAAAAUAUUCCGGCCGCCAACCUCGUCGUCACCUUCUCCCAAGAAAUCGACCCUGCCGGAAUCGUCUCCUUUAGUAGCUCUGGCGGAUGAGAUGCCGCCCAAAGGUCACCACCAUCACCCCAAAUCGAAAGAGACGACCACUCCUUCCGGCGGCGGCGGCGGAAGCAUUUCGUUUCGCGAUCGAUCGGCCAGCCCCAAAUUCAAUUCGACCAGGGAAUCGACUCCGCCGCUGCCCGAAUCCUCGCGAAUUCCAUCCGGAAUGACGCGGAAGCCCAAUCCAACGACAACUCCGGACGUUGUCGCCAGUGGCAACGGCCGGAAUCUCCUGCCCCGUCCGGGCUUCAUCAAUAAAUCGCGUGAAACGAGUCCGUCUCCCCAGCAAUCCUCUUCUUCUUCUCCUUCUUGUUCCAGUGCCAAACCUUCGUCGAUUCCGUCUGCCCCUCCAUCCAAAAGUGGCAGCAGCAGCAACAACUCCGGUGCUAGUGGUGGUGUCAGUGGUGCGGCAGUUCCGGUCAGUCCCAAUCUGAUUCGCUGGAGGGCCAAACUCUCCGGUUCCAGUGGUCCCUGUGUCACGAAUCAUUUGAAUUUGAAUGUCUCGGCGGCUGCAGCUGCAGCUGCAACGACAACGACGACGACGAAUAAUUCGUCCAUAGCCGGAAGCCAUCCUAAGAAGACGCUGGGAGGAAUAGGGGCAGCUCUGGUGGUGAAAUUGUCUGGCAACGGAGCCAAAUCUUGUCCUUCAUCGUCGUCAUCCGCCAGCAGCAGCAAACCGACACCAUCUACUGUUGUUGCUCCUGCUGUUGCUGCUCCUACUACUACUGCUGUUGCCCAGGUGGAUGAAGGAUCGACGACGCCAGCUGACGCCCAGCCGACCGGUUCCACCGCCACCGCAAGCGACAAUCAAAUGCAGCUGCUCAACCUGCACUACGAAGUCAAACGGCUGGAAGAAACGGUCCACACGCUGUUGCCAUUACGUCACCAACAGUCGGCGCUCAUCCAAUCGUACGAGGAGAGGUUGAGUGAGGCCCAGACGCGAUUGGCUGCAGCUGAAGCGGAAGUGGCCCAGCUCAAGGAGCGGCUGGCUCGUUGUGAGGGGGCCGAAGUCGACGGCCGUCAAGUCAUCCAGCAGCUGGAAGCCGACAAGUCGUCCAUGGCCGCCAGUCACGAACAACAGCGGCUCGUGUUCGACAAGUGCCUCGAUGAGAUUGCCAAUCACGUCGUCCAGGCUCUCAUCUCACAAAAGAACCUCCAGGGGGAAUGCCGACGGCUCAGAUCGCAAGUCUCGGACCUGGAACAGCGAAACGUGGCCCUGAAUUUGCUGCUGACUCAGAGCCUGCGCGAUUCCAUGCUGGAAAACAACAAGAAACCGACAGCCGCAACAACAACAACUCCGGCGGCCGAUGGGAUGAUGGUCAAAUCCAACUCGUACGACCUCCCGCCGACGUCCAGCAGCAGCAACAACCAGCGAGACUCGCUCUGCUCCACAGUCAGCGACAGCGAAAUCCGCAUGAGCAGCAGCUCGUCCAUCUUUGAGACGGGCUCGGGGGUCCGGCCGCUCGUCUCGAAAGAUUCCAACUGGACAUUGUCGUCGACGAGCAGUUCAGCGUCUUCCACGGCCUCGCAGGCCGCCCUGGCCGUCCAGCAGUCGUCGGAGCAGAGCAAUCCGGUCGAGCGGGCCGAGAAGCUGCUGGCCGUUCUCAAGCAUCGCCUUUUCAGUGCCCAGCUCAACAGUUACAAGAGCAUCCGCAUGCAGCCUAAGAGCAACAGCAGCGAAAUACGCCGGAGUCUCGUAAUGCCCGGCCAACAGCCGGCAGAAGCGGCCCUUCCGGCCCGGCCUAGCACCUUGUCUUUCUGUCCCAGCGCCCCAGUCAGCAAUAAAGAAACGGGCGUCGUGACGUCCGCCAACGAUCCGUCCACUCCGUCGGUCCGCGCCUUGGUCCAAGUCCUUGAAAAACGAGUGGGCAAUCCGCUUCCGUCCAGCAGCAGCAGCAGUUUGGAGAAGCCGGACAAGUCCCCUCGACCUCCUCUGCCCCUGGCCCCCGGAUUGGUUCGAUCCAUCCGCAACGCGGCCGCCACCUCGGGCGACAGCAGCAACGACAGUCCGGCCAGCAAGGACGAAGGCUACUCGACCAUGUCCAGUGACGUCCAGGUGGAUUCCUCGUCUUCCAGCUCGUCGUCUUUCAUCGCUUCCGGCUGCUCGUCGCCGGCCACGCUGCGCCGCAGCGCCAGCGGAUCGACGCCCAGCUCGACCACCCGCUCACUGCCCAUUGCCAAACGCAAGACGUUGCUCAACUCGUCUUCCAGUUCCAGUUCCUCGGCCUAUUCGUCGUCCUUGUCUUCCUCCUCUUCCGACUCGCGUCCAUCCCAACCCAAUCGCUCCAUUUCCCUCCAGGAAACGCAUUCCGGCGCCGUUGGACUGGAAGAGCUGAAAGAAGAAGCGUCGGACGAGACGAACGAAGACGCCGGUGGCAGCGGCAGCGGCGGCAGAUGUCCAGCAGACUCGUCGGUGGCGCCAUCCAGCAGCCAAUUUUCCGACUACGGCGCAUCCUCUUUCAAACGUGAAUGGCCAGGUGUCCAGUUGGGAACGUUGUGUGAAGACUGGUCGCCCAGCUCGGUGGCUAGCGAUUCCGAGGAUGUCGAAAGUGACAGGGACGGAUUGUUUUCACGUGCCACCAACCAAGAAGAACAAGGUUUGCCCAAGUGGAAGUCGGAUGACGAAUUGUACAAAGGCGAUCAAGAGGAGGACGUGGUGGCCGGUGAAGAAAGUUGGAAGACCCUGGACUUGAGGAACAAAUCGCAGCAGUCGGAACACGACUCGCAACAUCCGCUGAGGAGGAGCCGGGCCCAAGUUCAACUGUCCACCGAUCCGGCGUCUUCCGGUGCCAACAGUUCGGUUCCGGCAUUGCCCCGCGGCGAACGUGGGCGGGUGCCGCCCAAUUACAGCGAGCACGAAAUGGAGGACUGGAUCCUGGACGACCGGGAACACGAACCUUCGCCCUCCGAGUCUGAGGAGACGAACGGAGCGACGGCCUUGCCGGCCAUCAGCGAAAACAGUUACGAGUCGGACGGAGAUGACGAGGAGGAGGAGGAAGAAGAAGAAGAAGAACUUUUCGUCCCCGAGAUUUACAGUCCGGCCUGUAACCUGGCGGAGCAGGAAGCGGCUGAAAGUGAAGCGGAAGCGGAUGAAGACGAAGACGACGACGAUGCGGAAGAGGAGAGUCUGGACACGGAGUUCACCCGCGACUAUUACAGACUAGUCAAAUUCGAAUCCAACCGGAGUCUGGCCAACUCUGAGAAAUACGAUCACUGCCCGCCGGGAGCCGAGACGGCCUCGUCGGACUCGUCUGCCGCCGGAUUGCUGCUGCCUCCGCCCGAUCGGCAAGUGGCCCUGCAGACGGUGCUGGACUUUAUUGCCGAGCAGCAGCGCUACUGCGCCAUCCGCGAGACGGCCGACGCCGUCACUCCCGAGCUGCCGCACCCCAACGGCCUGGAUAAGGAUCAUCCAUCCAUCGCUAGCAGCACGCUGCUUCAGUUGCGUCACCUGAUUGCCGACGACGACAGUUCCAGGGAGGAGGACAGCAGCGACGACGAAGGAGCCAUCGGCCGAGACGGCGCUGUUCUCCACAGCGGAUUCUCGACCAAUUGGAUGCCCGUCCACGGCAGCCGGGUGGAACUUGUCGAUUUGAACAACGCCGAGGUGAGAGCUUCGAUGUUGGAGAAGCUGUUCCGGUCUUCGUCCAGUUCCAGCCUGAACGAGUCCAGUUCUUCCGAUUCGUUCGAAGGAAAUGAAGGGCGAGGAAAUGUCGAGAGCAGCGAGGAUUCUUGUCCGCCACCCAUUGCCAGUCCAUCAGCGACCGAGGAAAGUCAAUGCUAAACGGAAGAAGAAGAAACAAAAUAAAACAAAAGAACAAACACAAUGCAAACAAUUAACCCGCGGGGGAAAAAACAAAAUUGUGAACCUGGAAGAAGAAAAAAUCAUUUCGCGCUAUUAUUAAAAUUCAUCGGCUUCAAUUUGAUUGAAAAUGAACCAAAAUGAUUAACAAAUUGAAUUGAAGAUAAGACAAAUAACUCGUCGUCGUCUCGUCACAGGGUGCGGAAGAAUAAAUAAUUGACAAAAAUUAAAGAAUGUACCUGUUUGUGAUUUUGUUUUCCUUUUCUCUUGUUACAAGUUAUGUUGCAACUUAACUUGUAUUUUCUCCCCCCUUCUUCCCUACCACCUUCAUAUUUCUAUUUGUUUCUUCCUCUCGCGAAAUUCAAUUCAUAAUGUCGUCUGUCGUUGUGAUACUUGUCUUAUAAUUAUUUUCGUUACAUGAAUUUCUUUUUAUAUUAACACGGCCAUCCCUUCAAACGCAGCUGGCCAGAGUGUGUACAAAAAGUGUAAUUACUGAUCCAAAAAACAAGCACAAACAAUAGAACAAGUGAAUGUGUGAACAUGA